UUAUGUCAGCGAAUUCCGGAUGUUUCUUAUAAAUGAUGACAGAUCUCUUUCGUUCCACAACAGUAAAAGAAAACGACAAGACAGACGAGAAACGGGGAAAGUGGUCCGGAAGCCGUAACCGGAAACUUCGCCCUGUACCCGCUUCACUGAGCAAUUUCUUCCGUACCGUGUUCUGUUCUCUGGUCUUGGCUCUGUUUCGCGUUUGGGUUGCUGGGAAGUAAGAAGCUUUGAUAGCAGAGGGACGAGUCUCUUCCACAGUGAGCUAGCUGGAGGUCGCAUUCAAUUCAGCAGCAGCUAGAGCUAUCAGCACCGGACAAAGUACGAGUUUGGAAUUCCUCUCACGUGUUCGGCGAUCUCGGGGGCUUUAUUUGGAGGUUGGAUUAAGCUAGCGGUUAAUCUCGGGAAAGUCAUUGGAGUUCUGCCAAAGAAAUGCUCGUAUCUGCUCUCUUAACCUCGGUCGGGAUAAACACAGGCCUCUGUUGCUUAUUCUUCACGUUAUAUUCGGUACUAAGGAAGCAGCCGAUUAACUAUGAGGUCUAUGUGCCCCGCUUGCUUGCUGAAGGCAAGUCUAGGAGGAGAAGCCGUUUUAACCUUGAGAGGCUAAUACCUUCUCCUGGUUGGGUAAAGAAGGCAUGGCAGCUCACUGAAGAUGAACUCUUGUCUAUGUCGGGUUUGGACGCUGUAGUUUUUAUGCGAAUUAUAAUUUUCAGCUUGAGAGUAUUUGGAUUCGCGGGGAUCAUUGGACUCUUUAUUCUUCUUCCAGUAAAUACCAGCGGGGAUCAGCUGACUAAUGUGGACUUUUCUGAUCUAUCGAACAACUCAUUGGACGUAUUUACCAUCUCAAAUGUAAAUAACGGCUCAUCCAAGUUGUGGGUUCACUUUGGUGCUGUGUAUCUUGUCACCGCAUUCGUCUGCUACCUUCUUUAUUAUGAAUAUAACUAUAUUUCGUCGAAGAGGGUUGCUUACUUUUAUGCGUCGAAGCCUCAGCCGGAACAGUUCACCAUCUUAGUUCGCAGUAUCCCUGUGUCCCGAGGGAGCAGUGUCAGUGAUAGCGUGGACAAGUUCUUUCGAGAAUACCAUCCCUCUACGUAUCUGUCACAUGUGGUUGUUCGUCGAACAAACAAGUUAAGGAAUCUUAUUAACAAUGCAAAUAAAUUGUAUAGAAGGAUCAUCCAUCUGCAGUCAGAUUCCGAUCAGACGCACCGGCAAUGCGAUUGUUUCGGUCUGUUUGGGCGCAAAGUCGAUCUUGUGGAUCACUAUGAAAAGAAGCUCGAAGACUUGGAGGAAAACUUGCGGUUGCAGCAGUCCGAUGUCUCAUUGGCAACCGAAGAAGUUCGAGCAGCCUUUGUUUCCUUCAACUCUCGCUACGCCACUGCUACUGCUUUCCACAUGCAACAGUCGAUCAAUCCCACGCACUGGCUCACCGAGGAAGCUCCUGAACCUCAUGAUGUUUAUUGGCCGUUCUUUUCCUCAUCCUUCAUGAAGAGAUGGAUAUCCAAGCUGGUCGUGAUAGUAUCCUGUAUCCUCCUGACGAUUCUAUUCCUCAUUCCUGUUCUGGUCGUACAAGGUCUCACCAACCUAAGUCAGUUGGAGGUUUGGUUCCCCUUCCUUAAGAGCGUCCUAACAAUAACAGUUGUCAGUCAAGUGGUAACAGGCUACCUUCCCAGUCUCAUACUUCAAUUGUUCCUGAAAAUUGUGCCUCCGAUAAUGGAGUUCCUCUCAUCUAUUCAAGGGUACAUCUCCCAGAGUGCGAUACAGAAGAGCGCCUGCAACAAAGUGCUUUGGUUCACAAUAUGGAACAUUUUCUUCGCGACUGUGUUUUCUGGGUCCGUUCUGUAUCAAGUCUCCAUAUUCCUCGAUCCAAAGAACAUCCCCUCCAAGCUUGCUGUUUCCGUUCCAGCACAGUCCUCGUUCUUCAUAGCCUAUGUUGUCACUUCUGGGUGGACAAGCACCUCAUCGGAACUCUUUCGAAUAAUUCCUUUCAUCUGUAGUUUAGUAAAGAGGCCUUUUGUGAAAACCAACCCAGACGAUGAACUUGAAGUUCCAUCCAUGCCCUUCCACCAGGACAUCCCAAGGAUUCUCUUCUUCAGUCUACUCGGGAUUACGUAUUUCUUUCUCGCUCCUCUGAUUCUUCCAUUCCUUUUGAUUUACCUCUGCCUAGCAUACAUUGUCUUCCGGAACCAGUUCUUGAAUGUUUAUGCACCAAAGUAUGAAACAGGUGGGAAAUUUUGGCCCAUCGUGCACAACUCGAUGAUCUUCUCCCUCGUGCUGAUGCACGCCAUCGCUAUCGGGAUCUUCACACUGAAGAAGCUCUCCUUAGCAUCCAGUUUGCUGAUCCCUCUACCGAUCCUUACGCUUCUGUUUAACGAGUACUGCAGAAAACGCUUCCUGCCCAUGUUCAUCACAUACUCUGCCGAGAGUUUGAUAUUAAAGGAUCGGGAAGAUCGGGACGACCCUUCCAUGUCCGAAUUCUUUGACAGACUAGCGACUGCAUAUCAGGACCCGGCACUGAUGCCUAUCCAAUACUCCACAAACUCUGACAGCUUGAACAGUCCGCUCAUCUCUUCCUCCUCUCGAGCUGAGGUUUAGGAGCUGCUAGUUGGUGGCUUUAGAAAUACCCGUUGCCGUUGCUGCAGGUUCCUUGCAUUUUCUACCUUGUGCGGCUCAAUCGUUUUGCUUUGAUCCAUCUAGUAACUACGGCGUGCUCGCCGCACAAUUCAGACCAGAAAAUCAUGUUCUUUCUUUAAAAUACCGAUUUUUUUAUCACUUCAUUUCUGACUAUAGUAAUAGGUUGGGUCCUUUCUGCCCAUCAGGUUGUUUCAUUUUGUAUCAUUAGUGUAUGUGUUUGGGGAUGCAACGGGAUUUCUCAUAAAUUUCCAUACUUUGAAUUGAGUCGAUUACGUAGUAAUUCACCGA